AUUCCAGAUGUCACUGUGUUAAAUGAAGGAAGCGAGGACUCUUUGAAAGUAACAUGGUUACCUGUUUCUGAUGCUACAUUUUAUGAGGUCAUAUGGUCUUUAACUGAUGGUACUGACAUUGGCACAUCAGGUAACCUUUCCGUUACCGAAUAUACCAUCCCAGGAUUAACUUCGGGGACUCUGUACAAUGUUUCCGUCAUUGCUGGAAAUGUAAUUGAUGAAGUCCAAAGUGAUCUAGUCCAGAGUCGAACGAGACCUUCUCCUGUAGCAGACCUCCUCACUGAAUCUGCAGCCACAAAUGAAUCUGUCUCAGCCACAUGGACCAAGCCAACAGGGAAUGUCGAGCGAUACAUCAUCUUAUGCUCAAACGGUACAGCAAAUCCGGAUUCACCAAUAUUGGAAGAUGGCAGUAACUCAUAUAUGGUAUCUUGUGAGGGACUAUCGACCGCUGGAGCUGAUUACAACAUCACCGUGACAUCACAGAGUGGAAAUGAAAACAGUAAUGCAUCCACUGUCCCUAUCACAGCUUUACCAAAUAUGGUACUUAUCGAAGCAGGUAAUUCAACCAACUCGUCCUUCACUGCUAUGUGGGACCAUCCAGCAGGAGAAAUAGACUCUUUCCAGGUACUUUGUUAUGACAAUGACGAAACCCCUGAGAUCAUAACUGAUGUAGGGGCCAACCUCACCUACCAAGUGACUUGUGAGAGUCUACCCACCGCAGGGACUGGUUAUGAUUUCUCUGUGGUGUCUGUUAGUGGCAACAAGAAUGCUACCUCAAAGGUUGAGUUGUACACCUGUAAGUUUUUCUUGGCAUCAGUUCUGACCAACUCCAUGCGUCAUCUUUCGCUGAUUCUUCUAGAUUGCACCAUCUUGCAGUAUCAUUGGGCCAUUUCCUGCAUUAUUAUUCAAUAUUUUGCUGAUUCCUCCCCAUUUCGUAAUCUUUUCCUCAGACGUUGCAUAUUAUUUCAUGGAUCCCUGCAAAAUUCUCUAUACUGAUUCUCUACAGUACACUGAAAUCUCUAUUUCAAACAUCAGUAUAAAAGUUAUGAAUAUAAUGUGUUAUAAAUUACACUGUACAUCAUUUUGCACCCUUUUUCUAUUAAAGCACAACACCAUUUUUCAUGAACUGUUUAUAUCGAUCCCUAUAGUAUUUGCGAUAUUCAUUGGUUACAUGUGUAUAAUGACAGUAUUAAUAGUUCACAAUUUCAUGAUUCCUAAACAUUUUGAAAUCUAUACUACAUACAUUGUAGAUCCCUUUUUUACCAUUACAAUAUUUUACAGAUUUCUUUUUCAUUUUGUGAUAUUUCACCAAUUUCUGUUCCACUUUACAAUAUUUCACAAAUUCACUGACCGUCCUUACAAUAUUUCACUGAUUCCUUUGCAGUUAUUGCAAUAUUUCACAGAUUCCUUUUGACCAUUUUACAAUGCUUCAUGGAUGAAAUACCAUUUUAAAACUUUCAUGGAUAUGACAUUAUUACGUGUAUAUUCUCACAAUAUCUUACAGAUUUUAUAUGCCAUUUUAUUCUAUAUUCAAAUGGAUCCAACUGCAUAUUUCAUUAAUCAGGGAUAUAUGUACCAUUUAAUG